AUGCUGAAGUUUAUACGUGGAAAAGGCCAACAACCUUCGACGGAACGGCAGAAGCUGCAGAAGGAACUGUUUGCAUUUCGUCGGACCGCCCAGCAUGGCUUCCCACACAAACCAUCCGCCCUGGCGUACGACCCGAAAAGCAAGUUAAUGGCCAUCGGUACUAAUAGUGGCGUCAUCAAAGUGUUUGGCCGUCCCGGUGUAGAGUUUUACGGUCAGCAUACAUCGCCUGGCAACAAUCCGGCCGACUUAAUCGUGCAAAUGCUCGAAUGGAUCCCAGGUACAGGACGGCUUCUGUCGUUAACGGCUUCAAACCAAUUGGUACUAUGGGAACCUGCUGGCACGCUGCUGGUUGCUAUUAAGAACCUGGCCUUUGACGGCAAACUGAAGAAGAUUUCUUCUCUCUGCUGUUCGUAUAUGAAGGACACGGUUUGGAUUGGCACCGAAGGUGGCAACGUGUAUCAGUUCGAUGUGCGCAGUUUCAGCGUAAAAGAGUCUGUUAUCUAUCACGAUGUGGUACUGGAGCAAUUACCCACUUCCUACCGAUUGAAUCCGGGAGCGAUUGAAUCGGUAAAGCAGCUGCCCAACAAUCACAAUUUGCUAUUGAUCGCUUACAAUCGUGGCCUCGCCGUCCUAUGGGAUCUGGAGAGCGCGAGUGUAAAGCAAUCAUUCAUUUCGCCCGGGCACGGGCAAAGUGUGGGACUGUUCAUUGCACAGGAUGCUACGCAGUUCACUUGGUAUCAUGCGGAUGGAUCGUACGCUACCUGGGACUUGGACAGUCCGAUACCACCGGAAAACCAGAAGUACGUCCCUUACGGUCCGGAUCCUUGCAAAGCGAUCGAUCGCUUGAUUCGGGGACAUCGUGGACGGUGUGAGCUGGUUGUCUUUUCGGGCGGAAUGCCUCGGUCGGCUUACGGUGAACAUCAGUGUGUGUCGGUACACUGCAAAGAUGGCACAAAGGUGGCUUUUGAUUUUACAUCAAAAGUAAUCGAUUUUUUUGUAACGUUCAACGAUGUCCGACCGGAACAGGCGGAAGUGUUAGUGGUGUUGCUGGAAGAGGAACUGGUUGCGUAUGAUUUGACAGACGAAACUUUACCACAAAUCAAUGCGCCCUAUUUGCAUUCUUUGCAUGCAUCUGCCGUCACCUGCAAUCAUCUGGUGUCACAAGUAUCACCGGAUGUGUAUGCCAAGAUCAGGCUGGCAGGAGAGCUGCAGAUGGCCGAAUAUAGUUGUAAAAUUUGGCCCAUCACCGGAGGUUUUCUGCCCAACGAACCAGCGGAUGAUGACGAGCAGCCGUUGGAACGAGACGUACUGAUUACCGGUCAUGAGGAUGGAUCAGUGAAAUUUUGGGACUGUUCGGAUGUCUGCUUGACGCCGCUAUUGCACGUCAAAACCGCACCGCUGUUUAACAAUAGCGAUGAUUUCGAGAACAACCUAAACGCAUCUACCGAACAGUUGGAUGAUGGCGAACCUCCAUUCCGUAAGGCUGGUCAGUUCGAUCCCUACUCGGAUGAUCCUCGAUUGGCAGUGAAAAAGGUGCAGCUGUGUGCGCAGACGGGCACGCUAGUUAUUGCUGGCACAGCUGGUAAUAUAGUAAUGGCAAACUUUGAAACAUCGCCCCACGACCCAACUGAUGAAACGCAAACACACGGACCGUUAAUCGUGACUACGAUGAAUUUAGUUAGCGAUCGUGAUGGAUUUGUCUGGAAGGGGCAUGACCAGCUGAAGGUAAAGCGCGCACUGUUGGAAGAAAAUGUGCCUAUCAUCGAGGGAGUGAACUUCACGGGUGUUCUUCAGGUCCUACCACCAGCUGCCAUCACCUGCAUUGCUAUGCAGAGUAAAUGGUCACUGGUUGCAGCCGGAACAGCCCAUGGCCUCGUGCUGUUUGAUUUCAAUAAUCAGUCUCCCGUGCUGCAUAAGUGUACUCUAAAUCCGAAUGAUCUCACUGGUGCCGGGGAAACACUUUCUCGUCGAAAGUCUUUUAAAAAGACAUUACGCGAAUCCUUCCGCCGUUUGCGCAAGGGUCGUUCGACAAGAAACAAUCCAAAUGCUGCCGGUGGUGGACAACAUCCGCAGUCGGUUGCAGAAACGCGUCCGGUAGAACGUCAAAUCGAGGCUCGUCCAGUCGAUGACGGCAUGGGAUCGAUGGUUCGCUGUUUAACCUUUGCGUUAACUUUCAUUACCAAUCAGAAUGUGUACAUUCCGACACUUUGGGCUGGUACAAAUUCCAGCUGCGUGUCGGUAUUCGUCCUACAUCUUCCCCCGAAACAGCCUGCCAUAACAGCAGCUACAGGAGAAAAUGGAACUGACGAUCCGGUACAAUCGGUAGCAGCACCGCAAGGGCUUCCAGUUACUGGCAAAUUGGCCAAGGAAAUUCAAAUGAAACAUCGUGCUCCGAUCAUUGGGAUAGCGGUUGUUGACAGUAAUGGCGUUCCUUUGGAAUUUCAGAACGUGCCUGGACCGGCACCACAUCGGGUGCUAAUUGCAUCAGAAGAACAAUUCAAAAUUUUUUCGUUGCCGCAGCUGAAACCGGUCAACAAGUACAAGCUAACCGCACACGAAGGAGCACGUGUACGGCGCAUUGCAUUCGCUACAUUUAUGUGCACGGUUCCAACUUCUUCUUUGGUGCACUCGAGUCCUCCGAAGUCCAUGCCAAAACCGGUCUCAUCACCGCAAUCAACAGAACAACCAUCCGCCGACAACAACACAACAGUGGCCAACGAAUCGAACGUUGGUUCUGAUGUGACGAAUCAUUACGAAAUAAGUCUACUUUGUCUAACGAAUCUGGGCGAUUGUCUUGUACUGACUGUUCCGGAGCUUCGUCGUCAACUGAAUUCGGCUGCAGUACGCCGGGAAGAUAUCAAUGGCAUUUCAUCGCUGUGUUUCACAAGCCACGGUGAGGCAUUGUACAUGAUGUCAUCUUCAGAGGUGCAGCGGAUCAGCCUUUCCGCUACGAAAGUUAUUGCUCCGAAUGGUAUGAUUGAUGUGGAAGAUUGGUCAACACCGAUCGAAAAUGCUGCAUCAGCCGAAGAAGGCAACGACCAGGAACCACAGACACAAGAAACCCCUCAAGGUGAAGCUUCAUCUGAGCAGGAGGUUGAAAAUGUCUCUGGUUCCGUUGCCGCUGCGAAGAGCGAACCUUCGGUUUCACGCGAAAAAGACACCGGCAGUUCGAUGGCUCUUACAAAUGGCACUUCUAACCCGAGACUUAGCAAUGGUGUUACUAGCGGAGAUGAAGCAUCACCGAACAAAGCCAACGAAACGAUCACCAGCUCGAUUGGUGACAUAACGAUCGAUUCCGUGCGCGAUCAUUUGAAUUCUACAACGACGACCCUUUGCUCUACCACGACUGAGGAAAUUGUCGGUCGGCUUUCCGUAUUGAGUACCCACACAAGCCAAUCUUCGUCCACGGCCAAGAACAGCGAAAUAUUGAGCUUAAAUUCAUCGAACAUAAGCAACCUGAAAGGAAUCGGUGAUACGACGGAGAAAACAUCCAACUCGGCAAUUAUAAAAUCAAUCAUCACCACCGUAAAGCAUGGUUCGAACGUAACAAAUGGCGAAGCGAAAGAAUCGAACAAAACGUCCACAACCACUACUACGACCACAGCAACAAGCACGUCCGUCAACGGAAACGAUUCCGUUCCACCGCCGCUUCCAACGACGGCACCGCCACUUAUCACCUUGCUAAGGAAAGAAAGUCAAUUCUAA